CAAGCCUCCACCGAAUACGCAAUAACUCGACGACAACGACAGCGCGACUGAGUGCUUCUCUUUCUCGGUCGCCCCUUCAUCAGGGAUAAACGCAUUUCGUUUGCUGUUCUUUUUAUUCUUUUUUUUUGUAGAUUGUAUAGUCCAAAAUCGAACAAUUUUUUUCUCUUUCUUCUGGUUUUCUUUUCCGUAAGACAAUCAAGCCAAGGAAAUAGAAAUGGGUCAGAUCCAGUAUUCUGAGAAAUACUUCGAUGAUACUUAUGAAUACAGGCACGUCGUUCUUCCUCCUGAAGUGGCCAAACUGCUCCCAAAGAAUCGUCUUCUCUCUGAAAACGAAUGGAGAGCGAUUGGGGUUCAGCAAAGCCGAGGGUGGGUGCACUACGCCAUCCAUCGCCCCGAGCCACACAUCAUGCUUUUCAGGAGGCCACUCAACUACCAACAGCAGCAGGAGAAUCAGGCCCAACAGCAAAUGCUCGCCAAGUGAAAAAUUAGCCCCUAAGAGACGAGGGAAGAAAUAAACGACACUUUUCUUCUUGAAAAGAAUUGAAAGAUUAGGGUUUCUCAACUAGGGAAAUGGGAGAUAUGGAAAUGAUUUAGUGGUUGUUGGUAGUUUAAAACUCCUCAGUCCAUGGUGGAUUUAUUUGCUUGCUUUUUUUUUUCUUCCCAAACUUGGGUUGAUGAAGAUAACUCUUUGAUGUGUAAUCUGUGUCUUCGUAAUUGACAUUCUAGGGUUGCUGUAUUCGCUUUUCUUUCAUUGAUCUGGGUUUUCAUCAAUAGUGGAUUGAUUGGUAUGUGAGACUGUCGGGUUAGGUUUC